CUUAAGGCAGAGGGGUGGUGGCGGGCAGCAGCUGUGCUGGGAUUGCGCUGAGAGCUGAGAGGAGUGGACGGGCACAAGUCCUGACCAUGACGGCCCACAGGCUGCUGCCGCCACUGCUGCUGCUAACUCUGCUGCUUGCAGCCUGCUGCAGAGAUGCCUUGGCAGAGUGCCCAGGCUGUGGGCAAGGAGCACACGCUGGCUGUCCUGGGGGCUGCAUGGAGGAGGAGAAUGGGGGGCUGCCAGAGGGCUGUACGGAAGCUGGGGGCUGUCUCAGGCGGGAGGGGCAGCAGUGCGGGGUCUACACCCCUACUUGCACCCCAGGACUACGGUGUCUGCCGCCCAAGGAAGAGGAGGCACCUUUGCGGGCGCUACUGCUGGGCCAGGGUCGCUGCAGCCCAGUGCGUGUGCCCUCUGGGGAGCAGCCUAAGGAGAGUAGACUGCAAGCAAGGAACAAUCGCCCACAGGACGGGAACCACAGAGACCAACAGAGGCAUCCUGGGACCUCCACCACUUCCACCCGGCCCAAUUCUGGGGGUGUCCGAGAUACGGAGACGGGCCCGUGCCGCAGACACCUGGAUUCAGUGCUGCAGCAACUCCAGACCGCCGUCUACCGGGGGUCUCACACGCUCUAUGUGCCUAACUGUGACCAUCGUGGCUUCUAUCGAAAGCGGCAGUGCCGCUCCUCCCAGGGGCAACGCCGGGGUCCCUGCUGGUGUGUGGAUCGGAUGGGCCAGCCCUUGCCCCCGGACAGCGACGGCCGCGCCCCCUGUGCCACCGACAGCAGUGGCUAAGGCUGCGGGGUUUCGGGGCCACUGGCAGGAGCAUGGGGCUGUCAUCUUGGGUCAUUUGCUGAGUGAUGAGUAACUCAGGGGCUCUGAGCACCACACUUGACCUUCAGGCCCCGCCCUGUUGUUCCCCUUUCCUGGGGCCUCACACCUGGCAAGUUGUUGGCUUGGGUGGUAAUAAAGCUGUGCUGGGGUAACUGCCCUACAACCCUG